CGGACGGGCCGUGCCCGGCGUUGCAUCAUCUUUGUGCAUCAAUGAAAAGUCCAAAUAUGGCUUUGUUCAAGCAACAGAAGGUGGAGGACGUUUAUGAAAUUGGGGAAGAGCUAGGAAGUGGCCAGUUUGCUAUAGUGAAGAAAUGUCGAGAAAAAAGCACUGGUGUGGAGUAUGCUGCUAAGUUCAUUAAAAAACGUCAGAGUCGGGCCAGCCGUCGUGGAGUUAGACGUGAGGAAAUUGAACGGGAGGUUACUAUUCUGCAGCAGAUUCUGCAUGCCAACAUCAUCAAGUUGCAUGACAUCUAUGAGAACAAGACGGAUGUGGUCCUCAUCCUUGAGCUAGUUUCUGGAGGAGAACUUUUUGACUUCCUGGCACAGAAGGAGUCUUUGAGUGAAGAGGAAGCAACCAGAUUCAUCAAGCAGAUUUUGGAUGGUGUGAAUUACCUUCACUCUAAGAAAAUUGCUCACUUUGAUUUGAAGCCUGAAAACAUUAUGCUUCUGGACAAGAAUAUCUCUAUCCCACACAUCAAACUCAUUGACUUCGGGCUGGCUCACAAAAUAGAAGAUGGAGUUGAAUUCAAAAACAUUUUUGGAACUCCAGAAUUUGUAGCUCCAGAAAUAGUAAACUAUGAACCGCUUGGACUAGCUGCAGAUAUGUGGAGCAUAGGAGUCAUCACCUACAUACUGCUUAGUGGUGCGUCGCCUUUCCUUGGGGAAACUAAACAAGAAACGCUUGCCAACAUCACAGCUGUGAACUAUGAAUUUGAUGAAGAAUUUUUCAGCAAUACCAGUGACCUGGCAAAAGAUUUUAUUCGGAAACUCCUGGUGAAAGAUACACGGAAACGGCUUACAAUUCAGGAAGCUCUGUCUCAUCCGUGGAUAACGCUGAAAGAAGAAACAAAAGUCCAAGAAAACAAGAAGGUUGAGAACACACAGCUGAAGACAAAACGCCUGAGAGAGUACACCAUAAAGUGCCAUUCCAGUAUGCCUCCCAAUAAUACCUACAUCAACUUCGAGCGCUUUGCGCGAGUAGUAGAAGACAUUUCGCUUAUGGAACGGGGUUUUAGCACUUUGGCUGCAUCCCACGAUUCCUUGCAGGAGGACAUUGAUGCUCUGGUUUCCAUUUAUAAUGAGAAAGAAGCUUGGUAUAAAGAAGAGAAUGAAAGCGUGAGGCACAAGCUGUCUCAGCUGAAGUAUGAAUACCGUAAAAUUGAAUCCCUGAAAAGACAUCUACAAGAUGAUAUCAAGACUGUAGGCACUAGUCUUACAGGCAUAACUGGGAAAUACGCUGAUCUGCAGAGUCAGUAUGAAUCUCUCAGUCAAGAACUUUCUGAGGAACUCAAGUGGAUACAGGACUUAAUGAGUAGUUUUCAGCUGGAAAAUGAAGCCUGUGUGAAUGGAAACUUUGACUCUGUUUUCAACAAAGAUAUUAAUGAAUCACUAAUGGAGCUGUUAAAUAGAUCUCGCUGUGAAGAAUUCCUUGCAGGGUUGAAUCUUGAUGUAGCAGAAUCAAAUCAGUAAUCUCGUAGAUCAGGUUAGGUGCAGGGUUUGCUGCCUGUUUCAAUAUACAGCAGUUUAAAAAGUUUGCAGUGCAUAGAUUCUACACAAAAACACCACCUAGAACUAAAAUAGAAAUUCUGAUGUAUAGCACAAGAUGCUGACCAAAACCAUAAACUCCCAGUGGUUUGUAGUGUUGAAGCUGUUUUCCCAUGUUCAGUGUCUGAACUUAAAGGAAAUAGAUUAUCACAGUGAACACAUCUAACCCUACAGCCUUUUGCAUUGCUUAUAUCAUACUUCAUCACGUAUUACAGUUCCUGAAGAUUACUAAGUAAUUAACUUGGAAUAAAGUGUAGGUCAGUCUGUACUUAUUAGAAGCUGGGUGUCUGGAAACUAAUAAAAAUCCUAUGAUAGCAUCUUUGGCUAGAUGAAGGAAACAGUCGUGUAGACCUGCUGCAUGCAGGCAGUUUUAUAGACCAUGUGAGAGAAAUGUUUGCAAAGCUUAUAUCUGUCCUAUAAAACAAAGUAAAUGGUGUAGUAAUUUAACAUUUAGCUAGUACUGUGGAAACUCUCUGUGAAAUGGCUGCUGACGAAGAAAAGAUUAUUUUUUAGGCCAGUUAUACAGGGUGAAAUCUUUUACCGUCAAGGGUGUUAGCUGUUGAUUAAUCCUUUAGUUUAAAAUUCAGCUAAGUUUCCUGUCCUAUACCAAAGAAAUCCUAUUCAAAAGGCACAAUUGGGAACUUGUAAUGAACUGAUCAAAUAACUGUAUGUAAUUUUACAGUGUAAAUAUUAAUUUGUGAGUGAUAAGUGAUAACAGACCUCUUGUCACAUUCUUUACUGUAGAAAGCAAACAAAGCUACAAGUAAUUUAAUUUAUGGCGUGGGAUUUGAGACUAGUGUUCUUGCUGUGAAGAAUUUUUUCUUAAAUUUUAGAAAGUAAAAGAAAAGUUGGCCCAAACUUGAAUCAUGCCCUGCUGUCUUGUAUUUCAAAGUAGUAAUUUGAUUAUACUGUAUUAAUAUGCACAGAUGUACCCAUCUCGUUUCUGAACACAAUAAAUAGUUGUUUGUGCAGGA